AUGCCUACUCCGCUGGAUCGGGCUAUAAACUCCAACUCCAAGAAUUUAUUCUUAGGUUUCGCCGGCAUGGUGACAGCCGUUGCAGCUUAUUCUAUCUGGGGAGCGGACGUCUUCCCUGCUGAGUCCGAUCCAAAAGGAGACCCCGAAACUUGGACUGCAGAGGAUAUGAAAAGGUGGCUUCGUGCUAGGGGACUUUUGCCAAGCGAAACUGCGACCCGAGAAGAGUUGCUGGAGAGAGUGAAAGCCAAUCUGCGGAUACCACGAAGCUCCAAUACACCAGCAACCAAGUCGUAA